ACCCGUAGCACGUCACACACAUGCGCAGUGCGCGUUUCGAACCUGUCUGUCGCGUGUGGAUGUUUUUAGCAGAACACGCGUGUAUUUGCCGACUACGAUUCUCUGCUUCAAACUUUGGUCGUGUGCUGUUUUAACACAAAAUAUGGCAAAGAUAACCGUUACAAGACGUACAACAAGACAAAGAAAAGUUGUUAAAGAAAAGGAGGACGGCGUUGACACUGGAGACCAGACUGAGUGCUUGAGUGAACCAGUGCUUGGGACAGAGGAAAACAGCCCCAGCAAGAGCUCUGAAGCAGAGAUAAAACAGAUGGAGGGGGACCAGGAUGAACAAGAUGCUCAGAUGACCUCUAGCAUAGAAGUAAAAGGAAACACCCCAACGGUAACUGUAACCUGGAAGAAGAAGAAGAGUGAGGAAGGAGGGGGUAACCAUGUUGGAAAAGAAACCAAUGGAAGUGGACAGAUGGCUGUGGGGAAUAAGAAAAGAAAGACCAAGCGUGCUGUUGAGACAUCCCCACCAAAGAAAACAAAGCUCAUCAAUGAUGGUUUUUGUCUAUUUGUCGGCAACCUGAACAACUCUAAAAAAUUUGACGAACUCAAAAAUUCCCUUGCAAAUUACUUGAUGACACAGAGUCUCCUGUUUCAAGACAUCAGAUUAGACCAGUCCAAAAAUCAUGCAUUUGUAGACUUGGCUUCAGAAAUGGACCUGACCAAAGCCUUGACGUUAAAUGGAGAGACUUUCCUUGAUAAGCGGUUGACUGUCUCCAAAGCAAAGGUACAAAGUGAAGACGAAGUGAAGGUGAAAACUCCACCACUCAACAAAAAAGCUGAAAAAGAUGCCAGGUGUUUGUUUGUGAAGAACCUGCCGUAUACCGCAACAAAGGAAGACAUUAAGGAACACUUCCCCAAGGCCAUCGCCAUCCGCUUUCCCGGUGGAGCAGAAAGCCCAAGCCAUGGAAUUGCUUUUUUGGAGUUUCAAAAUAAGGCCAUUGCUCAGGAUGUACUGCAGGGAAAACAAGGCGCUGAAAUGGAAGGCCGGAUUUUGAUUGUGGACUGCGUAGGGGAAAGAAAUGUGCCUAAAGCUGAUGAGGCUGACAAGAAGAACAGACAAGCUGAAAUUUCUCCAAAUAACACCUUGUUUGUGAGCAAGUUGUCCUCCGUCGUAAAAAAACAGAACCUCAAGAAGCUCUUUCAGAAAGCUGUUAAAAUCAACAUCCCUGAGAAAAAUGGCAAACCAAGAGGAUUUGCGUUUGUUGAGUUUGCCACUGUGGAAGAUGCUGAGCAGGCCUUGAAGUCAUCCCAAAACAUUAAACUCUGCAAAAAAGCAAUCAGAGUACAGUUCUGUGAAACAAGAGCCAAGCCAGAGGAAGCAAAAGUCCCAUCGAAAACACUGAUUGUAGUGGGCCUCACCGACAAGACGACUGGAGAGACACUUAAAAAUGCAUUUGAAGGAGCUCUUGACGCAAGAGUCGUUGUAGAUAAAGAGACGGGACUUUCAAAGAGGUUUGGAUUUGUGGAAUUUGAAAGUGAAGAAAUUUGCACAGCUGCCAAAGAAGCCAUGGAAGAUUGUGUGAUAGAUGGCAACAAAGUUACCCUGGAUUAUGCAAAAUCCAAGGGCGAAAAGGGUCCCCAAGGGGCCAGAGGAGGCUUGGCAGGGUGUCCCAGCAGACGGUCCGCAGGUCCAGGGGCUGGCAGAGGAGGAAAAAGACGUGGAGCUGCCACAUCGCAGGAUGCUGCUAAAAAAGUGAAGCGUAACAACUAAUGUGGAACAACCUCUAUGACUGUUUAUGUAACCUGAAGGCUGUAUGUGCUCUCAUGUUGUCUUAUUGCAGUUUAACUACAAUAAUACUUGUACAGUGUUGUCAGUCUUUGUACAUUUGGCAUCUUGCAAUUUUAGCUGUCUAAUUUUAUACCUAAUUAUAGUCGAUGAAAAACGACCCUGGAUUAUUUUCCUCACUGCAGUUUGUCAUUUUUAAAAAAAUAAAAAUAAAACCCAAACCA